UACUACAGUAACAAUUUGACGGUCCAGAUUAUGAUCAUGUAAUGGCUAUUUUUGUGUGUUUAAAUUAUUUUUAAUAUAAAAAAAGGAUAAAAAAAUUCAAUGUCGGCGCACAGUUAAUGCAAAUCGUCACAGCAAGGCAUCAAAUCUGGUCGCUGCAAUCUGUCUUUCUCUCUCUUUCCCUCCGAAAUUCCCCUUAACGGCCUCCCCCCACAUCAAUUUCCUCUCUUUUCUCUCCCAACCCAACCAAAACAAUCUCAAAAAUUUCCUAACCGUCGAUUGGUUGACUUCCUCACUUCCCCAAUCAUCAUCAAGGGUAUUUUCGUACAUUAACCGAAAGACAGUUCAUGUUUAUUUCCAGUUACAACACUAGUACUACUAUUUUACCACACUAGUACCGCUACAUAAUUCAAUUACUUUUUAUUCUAAAGCGAUUGUAAUCCACGUUCUCGAGAAGUAGCGUGACAAGAGUGACGUGGAGACGGUUAUGUCCGUUGUGGGCUAAAACUCUAAAUUUCUAACCAAUCAAAUUUGCCCUUUUUCUCUGCCUUUCUUCGAAUACUAACAAAAUUUAGCUUUCGUUGCCGCUUCUCUGCCCCCUGAGACUGAACUCUCUCUUUCCUACCUUACCUCAGACACACCAAAAAAACACUAUAAAACCAGAAAAUAAACCAACAAGGACUAAGACUCUGCCCUUUUCCAAAACACCCUACUCUCCCCUUUUUUUAAUCCCUUUUUAAUUCCCUCUUUUUUUUCUUCUCUAAACCAUAAGCCUCCUGAUGCCGCCUCUACGGCCUCCUCAUGCGGAGGUUUGCCAUGUCGAUUCCAGGAUCUGGCGAGCUAGCGCUGGCUCUUCCGUUCAAAUCCCCACUGUUAAUUCUAGGGUUUACUACUUCCCUCAAGGCCACGUGGAACAAGCCUGCGGUUCCACUGCUUUACUCUCUUCUCUCGUACUCUCUACACCUCUUAUCCAUUGCGUUAUCUCCGACGUUCAUUGCCUCGCCGAUACGAAAACCGAUGAAGCCUUCGCGAAACUCCUCCUCGUCCCUGUCGAACCUUCUAGAAUUCCCAAUCGGUUUCUAAACAUUAAUUGUGAAGUUGAAGAUUCUGAUAAGGUCGUGUCGUUUGCCAAGAUUUUAACGCCGUCCGAUGCAAACAAUGGCGGUGGCUUCUCCGUCCCGCGUUUUUGUGCUGACUCUAUUUUCCCACCGCUUGACUACAAUGCAGACCCGCCGGUUCAGACGCUUUCUGUCACCGACGUUCGUGGCCGCGUUUGGGAGUUUCGCCACAUUUACAGAGGAACGCCACGUCGGCAUCUGCUCACUACGGGAUGGAGCAAGUUCAUUAAUCAAAAGAAGCUCAUCGCUGGCGAUUCUGUUGUCUUCAUGAGGGACCGUAAUUGGAAAAUGUAUAUUGGAGUCCGGCGAGCGAUGAAGGGAGGAGAAGGCGGCGGGGAUUCUGGGAGGUGGAGAGAGCCAAGUGAUGUUGGAGUAAUGAAAGGGGAAGGAAGGGGGAGGAUGACGGCGGAGGCAGUUGCAGAAGCUGCUGAGACGGCAGCGAAGGGGCUGCCAUUCGAGGUUGUUUACUAUCCUCGGGCCGGUUGGGCUGAUUUCGUGGUGAGGGCGGAAUUGGUAGAGGCUGGACUCAAUUUAUUCUGGGCUCGUGGCACCAGAGUGAAGAUGGCUGUUGAGACGGAGGAUUCCUCGCGAAUGACGUGGUUUCAAGGGACAGUUGUGUCUGCCGCUGUACCUGAUUCUGGCCCCUGGAUUGGCUCUCCUUGGCGAAUGCUUCAGGUUGCAUGGCAUGAACCUGAAGUUCUCCAGAAUGCACGGAGAGUGAGCCCAUGGCAAGUUGAAAUUGUUUCUUCCUCACCGCUUCAUUCCUCAUUCCCCUCGGCCAAAAAGUUCAAGUUUUCUCAGGAUUCUGGGCUGACUAAUGCAGAGGGAGAAAUCUUCUUCCCUAUGAUAGGUUUAACUAAUUCAACAAUGGGGUAUAUGAAUCCAUCACUAUUGAAUUACAAUUCUUUUCCUGCAGGCAUGCAGGGAGCCAGGCAAAAUCAUUUUCACUUGCAAAGUCUAACAAACUCUAUGAGUGAGAAUACCCCAAUGAUGUACACCGAUAAUUUCUCUGGCAACUAUAUGGUGCCCAAGUUGAAUACGAUAUCCACUGAGCUCAACAUUGGCAGUUCACAGUCUGAUGACUUGUCACUGGGUAGCAAGAGCAGCAUGGUUUCCUUUGACACAGAACCUACUGAAAAUGGGGGCUGCAACUCGAGCAAAGUAGGCGUUCGUUCGUUUCAAUUGUUUGGCAAGAUAAUCCAUAUGAAAGAGCCUGUCGGAAGCAGAUUUGAUGAUGUUGGUUGUAUGGAAGAUGAUGGUGAUAAAAGAUAUGAUGAAGCAACGAGUCUAAAGAACUCAUUAGAUCUUUCAUUGACUUACGGCUAUUCGAAGCUGCUUGACAGACUAGAUGUCCAAUGGCAAAGAGUCUCAGAUUUCAAAGUUUCUCCUUGUGAAUGAAAUCCAUGUCUACAUCAUCCAGAUGAGUAACAGUUUCGGUAUGGUUUCUCUGAUUGGAUUUCACCAGUUUGUCAUGCUACUACUGCAAUUUGAUACUUAAGUGCGAUGUUUUUAUUGUCGAAGUAACAGCGAUUUGUUUGCUUUUUGUAAAUAAUUGAUUUUACGUGAUAUGCUUUC